UCACUGGCCACUGAGUGUCCGGUCUGAAUUACAGUCAUAGUUCAAUCUCUCUCUCUCUCUCUCUCUCUCUCUCUCUCUAAGUGGGCGAGGUUUUGGUCACCUCUGAGGAGCUCCUGCUGGCCAGCGCUUCCAUCGCGCUGGUGCUGAGAGCGUUGGAGGAGCUGAGGGAGAAUGAGCCUGCGGUGCCAAAGCGCUGCCCCGCCGCGCGGACUGGCCGAAACUCUUCACCAACGAAAAGUGACCACUGCAUAUGUUUCAGCGGAUCCAUGAGAGCUGGACUCCGUGCUCGCUUUGAUCCACGCGCACGAAACAGACCUGUCAGCUUCGACGCCGCGUUUCUAACCUGAUGUGAAAAAAUGGAAAGGAAAAAGACAUGGCUCGUCUCGUGCGUUCCGUCUCGCGCUUGUCUGACCGCUUCGCUGUUGUAUUUGCUCAUUUGCUCCGUCCGCGCCGAAACCUGCCCGGAUCUCUGCACCUGCGCUGAGGAUUCUGCCACCGUCACCUGCCUGGACUCUCCAGAGAUCGAGCUUCCUCUGGACGUGUCCCAGCGGACGAGCACUCUGAUUCUGAGGGGAGCCAACAUCUCCGCUCUGAGGGACGGCGCCUUUUCGGCCAACGGGUCGGUUCUGGAGCUGCGGACGCUGCGGCUCUCAUGGAACAACAUUCAGGUCAUCGAGGCGCACGCGUUCCGCGGACUCCCGCGACUCCAGCGCUUGGAUUUGAGCCACAACAGACUGACGGCCGUGUCCGUUCAGGCGUUCUGUGGGUUGGACGAGCUGCGCUUUCUCUGGCUGAACAACACUCUGACGCCCCGCGGCGCGAGGGAACUGCCCCAGGCGCUGUCCACUGGAAGCCUGAGGAACCUCCAGACCCUGGAACUGUCAGGAAAUCGCUUGAAGGCGAUCCCCAUCGCCCGCUUUGACAACUUUAACCUGAGCACGCUGGUACUGACCAACAACUCCAUUGAGACCAUUGGGAAAAACAACGUGUCGAGUUUGAACGAAUUCCACGGAAUACGCGUCUAUCUGUCUAUGAACCCUUUCAGGUGUAACUGUGAGUUGGAGGCGUUUUAUUACUGGCUGAAAAACGACUCUAGGUGCGCAGACUCCGCUCGCGUGCUGUGUAAGCUGCCGGAGGCCAAGAGUGGAUUACCUGUGGAGAAACUUCGCAAGGAGGACGUUGACUGCGUCAACGCGGAGCUGGAAGCCGUUUCUUACGUGUUUCUUGGCAUCGUGCUGGCUCUGAUCGGCGUGGUGUUCCUCAUGGUUCUCUACUUGAACAGAGGGGGCAUCAAAAGGUGGCUGAAUAACAUUAGAGAGGCGUGUCGAGACCAAAUGGAAGUCUAUCAUUACAGAUAUGAGCAGGACUCAGACCCCAGACUGGCAAACGUGGCCGUUUAGACCGCCAGUGUUGGCCAGUGUUGGCAUGCCAUGCUCGAAUUUGCAUUACCUCUCAGCACUGAAUUCGCCCUAGACUAAUGCAUGAUCUUCUGAAAAUAGAGCUAUGAAUAGGCUAUGCAGUGCAAUGUGUACAGAAUAUAGAUUAAGCAACUCCAGCGAGUAAUGAAGCUCAAUGAAAAAGUAGGCAACUGAGUGAUUUCCUCUACCAUCCAGCUUUAAAUGGGGAAAAAGGAACAUUCCGUUUCCCUAAACGCGUCCACAUCCAGACAAAACAUAAAUCUGCCACAUGCAGUGUAUUUGCUUGACAACUGUGCGUGUUUGACUUGGUUCUGACCUAUUUGACCUCUGUUGUUGCAAACACUGCCAGGUCUAGAGGACAUUGGGAGAUCAAUCAAAUGCCAUGAAUCAAACCAAUGUGUACUCUUCAGUUAUGGUUUAUAAGCACAUUCAGCAGUAAAAUCCAUAGAACAAGCGUAUCUCUGUGAAACACCAAUCACAAAUCGCUGCUGCUACAACAGAGACUUUGAAACAACAGUAACGCCACAACAUUGUCAGACACAGUUUAUACAGCCACUAUGCUCUCACUCAGCACACCUGUGAUCCACUGAUCUGACCGGAGCUUCAAAUACCAUAAACCCAGAUGAAGCAGAAGUCUACAGCAUAAAUGAUGUGGUAUGAAUAAGCUGGCAUUUGGA